AUGGACGUUUUCACCCCCGCCCUUCUCACACAGACCGCUCUCGCCUUUCCCGACAUCGACCCGGUGCUGAUCCAGAUCGGCCCGGUGGCGAUCCGGUGGUAUUCGCUGGGGUACAUUGUCGGCAUCGUCAUCGGCUGGGUGCUGGCCCGCCGCAUGGUGCACAACGAGCGCCUCUGGGGCGGCCCUGCGCCGAUCCAGCCGGUCGACAUCGAUGAUUUCCUCCUCUGGGCGACGAUCGGCAUCAUCGCCGGCGGACGGAUCGGCUAUGUGCUGUUUUACGAUCUGGGCACCUUCCUCGCCGAACCGCUGCGCAUCUUCACGGUGUGGCAGGGCGGCAUGUCCUUCCACGGCGGGCUGAUCGGCACGACGCUGGCCAUGCUCUUUUUCGCCCGCUCGCGCGGCAUCGAUCCCUGGCGCCUGUUCGAUGUCAUCGCCGCCGUCGCUCCCAUCGGCAUCGGUCUCGUGCGCAUCGCCAAUUUCAUCAACGCCGAACUCUAUGGCCGCCCGUCGGACGUCGGCUGGGCGAUGGUCUUCCCGACCGAUCCCGAGCGCCUGCCGCGCCAUCCCAGUCAGCUCUACGAGGCGUUUCUGGAAGGGCUGGUCCUGUUCAUCCUGCUUUGGGUCGCCGUCCACAUCUGGCUCAAGCUGAGAAACCCGCGCUUCGUCACCGGCCUGUUCGUCGGCGGCUAUGGCGCGGCGCGCACCUUCGUCGAAUUCUUCCGCGAGCCGGACCCGCAACUGGGCUUCCUGCUCGGCACCCAAUGGCUGACCAUGGGCAUGGUGCUGUCGAUCCCCAUGGCGCUUUUGGGUCUGGCGCUUGUGCUGUCGGCCCGGCCGGCCAAACCGGUCCCCGCCGCCACCGACGAAACAAAAUGA